GCAGUACUAAAAUUUCCAGGAGCACCUGAACGCAUCAGAUGAUGCGACCACUUAUUACGGUGGUCGCGUCAAAUAUAUGCGUCUUUUAAUAAGCAGAAACACGACAAUGUAAGGUUGGUUUUUAUAUAUAAUCAUAUUUGACCUGAUUAAUAAAAUUAAAAAAAUAUGGAUUUAGAGACAUGUUCAGUUGUGAAACGUGUCCGUGCCUUUUGGCCAAUCGGUAGCCGGUGCGGCAUCUCCUCCCAGUACGACGGCAGUAUGGCCGCCGUCUUGUAGCCCUGCGGCUUGAGGAGAGCUUCUGUCACGCUGGGGGAUUAAAGACUUACGACUCGAAACAUGUCGGCCGUGUUUUUUCUGAAAAAGUCUCUGAGCAGACUCCCACCAAGUGCUGCUMGGCAGCUCUUCGCCUGCCGCUAUCACACCGAGAGAGGAGUGUAUGGAUACCGACCAAAACGGCUCGCCGGAGAGCACAACCAGUCACAGAGGGACCGCAUCGCUGCACUGAACCAAGAUCACGGUCUCGCCCGCCUGGUGGAGGCGUACAGAACACAUGGACACAAGGCCGCUAAAAUUAACCCCCUACUGCCUCAGCAGCCCGUUGUGGACCGUGUCCCGGAGAUAGAUAUGCUGGCCGGUGUCGUCACGGGAACGCUCAACACCUCAGGCCUGCGUCACUUUGGGAAGGCUCAGGCCUCGGCGGAGGAGGUCCAGACCUACCUGGAGCGGGUCUACUGCGGCCACCUGUCCGUGGAGACCGGCCAGCUGAGCAGUCUGGAGGAGAGGGAGUGGUUUGCCGACCGCUUCGAGGAGCUCAAGAGGGAAGGCUUCUCUCCAGAGGAGAAGAAGCACCUGGCUAAGCUAAUGCUGGAGUCUCAGGAGUUUGACCACUUCCUGGCCACUAAAUUUGCUACUGUGAAGCGCUACGGAGGAGAGGGAGCAGAGAGCAUGAUGGGAUUUUUCUAUGAGCUCUUCCACCAGUCAGCCCACAGCGCAUCAGUGGCUUUUUCAUUUCCUGUCAACUUUUGGAAGGAAAUCAGGUUUGGCUCGUUUGCUUCCCUCCGUCAGAUGUGUGACAGUAAAGAAGAGGGUGUGGACGGCGACACCGUCAACAUGGCGGUGGUCAACCCCACCACUCCGGCCCAGUACUUCCACCUCCUCAGGAGGCAGAUGAUCCGUAACUUCCGCAAACCUCUCAUUGUGGUCGGGCCCAAAACACUGCUGAGGUUUUCUGGAGCGGUGUCCAGUCUGAGCGAACUGGCACCGGGAACGUCCUUCAGGCCGGUGCUGGGGGAUGCUUCUGUCUCCGYAGAUAGCGUCCAGAAGGUGGUGCUGUGCUCCGGAAAGCAUUACUACGCCCUGCUGAAGCAGAGAGAGUCGUUAGCAGCCGGCCAGAACACGGCGCUGAUCCGUGUGGAGGAGCUGUGUCCGUUUCCUGUCGAGCCCCUGCAGCAGGAGCUCAGAAAGUAUCCAAACGCUAAAGAGUUUAUUUGGAGCCAGGAGGAACCUCAAAACAUGGGCCCCUGGUCUUUCGUGGCGCCCCGCUUCGAGAAGCAGCUGGCCUGCAAGCUCCGGUUGGCRAGUCGCCCCUCUCUUCCCGCCCCUGCCGUCGGCAUCGGGACCCUUCAUCACCAGCAGCAGGAGGCCAUCCUCACAGCCACGUUUUCCUGAAGCGAAGCUCGAAACCAAACUAAGCAGAACCCGGGCAGCAGUUCUACACUACAGGGUCAGCGGUAAUAACACAAUCAACGAAUGUCUUUAAUAGAACAACGUUUAAAAUUUGAGUUGUUGCCGUGUAGAGUGUUAAUUUUAAUGUUUUGAAAGCAUUGUCUUAAAUGUUCUCACAUUUUACGCCAGUUUUUUUUUUUUGUGUCUGUUUGAAGUUAGAUUUGUCUGAAUCAAGGCCUUAGAGAUCAUGUUUACAURAUGAUUGUAGUCCACCUCACUCUUCUGUUUUUUAUUUACAAUUGGAGGGAUGCAUUUGCAUAAAUAAAACCUCUACAGGUUCCCUUCUUCAGGAAUCCAAACCCCUCUGGUCAUGUCACACACAAGCGCCUGCAGGAGGCGUCCAUGUUUGUGCUGCUGAAUGCAGAAAACAUCAGUUUAAAGUUGUUAGAUAUACAGCAUUAAUCUUGAAGUGUGGCGUUGUGCAAAACGGACGUAGCUCAGAAAGAGAUUAAGCAUUUUCUGGUUAAAUAAUGAAGACUGUUGCAGUUGUAAUUCUGUACGUAGAAGAUGCUCAGAGAUGAUUUUAUCCUUGUUUACAUGAAGGCUGUAACUGAAAGAAAAUACUGACAUCAUGAACAGCUAAUGUAAAUACAGCAAAACUUUUUAAAUAAAUCUAUUUUCAUGUUG